AUGGACGACGGGUUGUUAUACCCCAUUGUCUGCAUACAAUUUAUUCCACACUAUAUCCUUACUCAUAUUAUCGUCAGCGCCUACCGCCGAAGCUUUCUUUCACCGCACCGCCUCUACGUCGUUGAAGAUGACGACAACAUCGAAAGCUACGCAACAAGCGCCUCGAACGCGCAUUUUGAAUACGACACAUCUGCGUUCCACGGGAAAACCAUCGAUGAUAUUAUUUGCAUUCUUCAAGAAAGGGUUACUGGAAACACAGUAGCCAAAAACGUGUUCUACAUUGCGGACGACCGGACGAUCAGGGAUCAUAGCUUACUCCUGGUUCAUGUUCAACCCAAAGAGAAGGAUCAAACCUUCCUUAGCGUCCGACUCGCAUGUGAAUUUGUAAACCUGAUGGCGAGAUCUUUCCCAUAUCCCGAAUCCCGAAGAUUCAUCCAGGAUUUUCAGAACGACGUCGAUGACGAUGGCGUGUAUCGGGAUGAACACGAUGCAUUAGAAUAG